AUGAUCACCUGCAAACAAAGACAGAGGCCCAAGAAGGAAAGGCGACAAAAGACGACCCAAACCUUGUUAAACGCUACGAAACGGGAAACCGCAACUAAGCGUAGAAGAACCCGCCCGGAAGCGGUUUUGAUUAAACCCACGGGCAACCGUAACUACGCAGACGUCCUAAAACAAAUUAGGUCUACAGUCAAGCCAGAGGAGUCGAAUGUAAUAAUUAAAUCCAUUAGGAAAACACGACAGGGGCAUGUGCUCCUAGAAGUUGGUGCAUCGCCUGAAGAUAAGGCUUCUUUCCGAACAAAACUGAAAGAGGCAAUUCAGGGAGCUGGAGAAGUUCGUCAGCUCUCCCCCAAGUGUCAGGUAGAGAUCCGGGACUUGGACAUUUCAACUGAAUGUGAUGAAGUUAAGGAUGCACUUAAAGCUUUUCUUGGCGAAGAUUGGAACGACGAGACCAAAAUCAAUAUGACGAAAACCGACUUUAGGGGAAGCCUAAAAGCUUUUGCCGUGUUGAACGAGACAGCUGCGAACAAAUUGGACAAGGCUGGCCACGUACGAAUAGGAUGGGUAAAUUGCCGAGUCCGUAUUAAAGCACAGGUACCAAGAUGCUACCGAUGCCAUGGUUAUGGCCAUAUUGCAGUGAUAUGCCGAGAGGCAGACAGGGGAAACCUCUGCUGCAAAUGUGGUCAUGAAGACCACAAAUCUGCGGCCUAUAAUAGGCCUCCAAAAUGCAUACUAUGCGAAGAACGGAAAGACGGUUCCGAACUUGACCACAUCCCUGGGUCCGCUGCUUGUGAGAGCUAUAAGGAUGCUGCGCGUUUAUACCUGAAGGCCAUAAGAUGA